AUUGUCCAAGUGGUUGGGUUGAAUAUGGAGCUUUCUGCUAUGAGUUCAAUAAUCGAAUCUGGAGUGAGCAGAAGACUUUUGUAGAAGCCCGUGACGACUGUUUACAAAAGAAUGCUGAUUUGGUCAGUAUAUCGACCGAAGAUGAGCAGACAUUCAUAUUUGGAAACAUACAGGGAACGUCUAAUUUUUGGAUUGGGUUUGUGGGAGAUGGUGGUUCCGCGUCCAUGACGUUUUUUUCUUGGGUGGAUAAUUCAGCUGUAACAUACACUAACUGGGAACUCGCGCUUUUGGCUGGGUGCACCAGUGAUGACGACUGUUCACACGAACCCUUCAAGAAGAAGUGCCGCGUCCAACCUAAUAGCGCUGGAGUAAGAGUGUGUGGGGACCCUCAUAUUAGACAGACCAUAAAGAACUCAGAAAGACCAUUAUGUUAUGAUUUCGUAGGGCAACCUGGCAAGACGUACCUUUUCAUAAAAGAUAAGGAUUUUGAGAUAACUUCUCGGUUUAUGGACAGUAACUCGACAAACGCUGAUAGUAAAUUAGUUGAAUACAUCAAUUUAGUAAACAUAAAGAAAGGACCAGUUGUUAUGACAUUUGAUCCCGACACCAUUACGAUUGCUGUGGAGGGAAAGCCAAUAGAGAAGAUAAGAUGGGCAAUGGGAAAGAUAGCGUUACCUGGUAUGUGGAUGACAACUGGCAAAAAGAGGGCGAAUGUGUUUCUGGAUGAUGGGAAUACUACAGUUAAUAUCAUAAGAAAGGGCGCAUCGCCGGGCCAUACUUUUCUGAACUUUGGAUUGUUAGAGAAUGUCAUGUCCACGGAGGCAAAUGGAAUUUUAGGUGACUUGCGUAAUAAAGUAGUGUAUACCCCGAGAGCAUAUGGGAAAAGUGGAACCAUUCGUUGGGCCGGUGUCUCCUUCCCCGUGCACGAUGACGGAACGACCUGUCUUAAAAUGGAUCCUUUCUAUGAACUGAAAUUCAACACUCUGCUUCAAAUUUUCCAAGUUGACUAAAUGAUCCGUGGAUCCACAGAUUCGUCUGAAAUAUUUAACAUUAGUCUUGAAGCAAUCUCCUUCCAAUUCUUUACUGAAAAUAAAAAUAACCUUAUCACCUGGCCUCAAGUUAUACGGUGUACGGCGAUGUAGAAAAUCGAAAAAUUGGAUACCGUCAACACAUUUACUUAAUGCUUCAAGACAGAUAGUACUGACCGUGUUUUCGGUCGUUCGGUUUUUUGGUGCAUUUAUAGUACUAGUCUUGCGCCAAAGGUAUACUAAUUACUACAAUAAUGUUACUAAUGAUGAUACAAGACUACUAACCAGGGACGCAGAAGCAGAAUAUGUUACCGAUAUUUCCAAUUGACAAUGGACAAAAUCAUGCAACUAAUUGCUAUAAGACGACAUAUAUACAUUUACUAUUAACAUAAUAGCAAGGACCAAAAUCUGGCGGCCUAUCCAUUUGUUCUCUGCUGUCAACGUUUCUUUAGUACGACAGUUCAUUCAAUCAGGGGCUUCAUUGCAUGGUAUUAUGAAAAAUAAUGGCCCGGUUGGGAACAUACAUCCUAGGAAUCCAGUAUCUUAGAAAGUAUAUUAUCUCAAAAAUUUACACUUACAUCUUAACUGGUUAAAAUAUUUUUGCAUGUCCCACUACAUGUAAAACCAAUAAAUAACUAUUUAUGCAUCUUAAGUAAAAACAUCUUAGACGCUGUGGAAACUAUGAUUACUCCAACAACAGCGACGUUCCUGGGGUUCUAAGAGCAUUUCUAAAUAUGGGUUACAUGUACAGAGGCGCUGGUUUGUUUUUGGAGUUUCGAAAGCAUUUCGCAUUUGUAAAUACGGAUGACUUCUGAAAAAGCAUUUUUAAUGUAUCAAUAAUCAAUAUGGGUUACAUUUACAGGGGCUUUGGUUUCUUUCUGGGGUUUUCAAAAAGCAUUUUUAAAUGUAUCAAUAUGGGUUACAUUUACAGGGGCUUUGGUUUCUU